GGAAUUAUAUGUAUAUCAAUUUUCUAAAGAAAAUCAAAGAAUAAAAUAAAUAAAAUUAAUCAAUUAAAUAAAGACUUAUAAAAUAAUUGUGCAAUCAAAUUUCACAGCAAAUAGAUAAAUAAAAUGGAAAGAAUCACAAAGUCUCUUAUAUAAUAAGCUAGAUACUUUUAUACUCCCUUGAGUCCUUAUUCUCCUCGUAUUAAGUUUUUAGGAAAGAGAUCAUUACUUGAAUUAGGAAAUUAAUAAGCAGCUCCAGUUUUUAAAUACAGUUUAUCAGAUUUCAAGCACACUAAGAGCACUUUCGUUAGAAGAAUAAUGACAUAAGAAGAAAUUGAUGUCAUUAACGCUGGUGGUUAGGAUAUUAAAUAUAAGCACAUUCCUAAAAUCAAGGUUAAGAAAGAAGAAGAUUUUUGA